AUGAGUUCAAUCCUCUAUAUACUGAACGAAGAUUUAGAAUCCUUAUUGUCAAAAAGUAUUAAGGCACUGGAAUCUCCAGAUAUACCGUUAUCACUAUUUAAGAAACAAUUCCACAAGCAUCAGGUUACAACACCAGUGAUAAUCUACGAAGACUACAUUUUCACAUGUAUACAAAGAGAUACGCUCUAUUUCGUCAGUUCAAUAGACUGUAAGACAAAUAUACUGGAGACAUUACAUUAUCUGAAUGAAUUUUACAUAUUACUGAAGAAUUAUUUUAAUGUCAAACAAUUGGAUAAAAACAUUAUAAUGGAUAAUCUUGUCCCAAUACUAGAAUUGAUAGAGGAGAGUGUUGAUUUUGGAAUCAUACAAAUAACAGAUUCAAAUCUUAUGAAAGAUUAUAUCCGAAUUAAGGUUAAUUUACCACAGGAUGACUAUAAAAUUCAUUAUGACAGUAGUGAUGAAGAGAAAACAAAUUAUCACAAGGGUAAAAAACAUAUCAGGAAAGAAUUGACAUAUUUGAAGAAAAAAGUUCUUGGUAGGGGAACGCAUGAACACAGCAAAUCAAUUGAUAAGACAAUUGAACAAAAGCAUACUACAGCUGAAGACGAGCUAGUUGAUGAAGAUACAUAUAUCAACAGUUACAUUGCAAAGACAACUAUUAUGUCAGUUUCAUGGAGAGCUAAAGGUAUUCAAUACGCAAAGAAUGAAUUCUUCCUUGAUGUGAUAGAAAAGGUAGAAUAUUUCAUGGAUUUUUCAAAUAACAUUAUUAAAAAGAAUUUAAUUCAUGGUGAGAUUAUAUGUAAAUCAUUCUUAUCAGGCAUGCCUACAUUGAAAGUAUCAUUGAACAAAAUAAUAUAUCAGGAUAAACAAUUUUUGUCAAGUUGUAAGUUUCAUCAAUGCGUCAUGCCAGAUUCUGUUGACGAGGGUAAAGUACUCGAAUUUGUUCCCCCAGAUGGUGAUUUUGUUCUUUGCAAAUACGAAUUGAAAAGACAUGUUAAUGAUUUACCUUUACUGAAAUUGAUAUCCUAUGAAGUAAAACCUAAACUGGACAAGUACAAGUUAAAAUUAUUCGUUACCAUUGAAUCAACUUUCAAGAAAACCAAUUCAACAACAAAAUUGAACAUAAAGAUUCCAUUGAAAGUCCUCUUGGAGAAAUACGACAUUGAUCUAAGUAAAAAUAUCAAAUCUAGGUGCGAUGAAGGUAAAAUAUUAUUUAAUGUAAGUGAUGACUUCCUCCUGUGGGAAAUUGGCGCCAUGAAAGGUGGUAAUUCCCAGCUGAAAAUGGGUGCAGAUUUUGCAUUAUUCAAUGAAGAAGAAUAUCUACGACAACAGGAAGAAUUAAAGACAUCGAUGAAUCCACCACCGCUAAGAACAGGUCCAAAGUUAGAGGAGCUUUACAAGCAAAUUCAUGAAGAGAAAUGUAAUAACUUCACGAGGAAAGGUGAAUCAAGCGACGAAACCAAGGGAAAUCUAAUAAAAAUGGAUUUUGAAAUACCUUACAACACCUCAAGUGGUUUGAAAGUUGAAUACUUGAAAAUUGAGGAGCCGAACUUACAAUAUCAGGCAUUUCCUUGGGUGCGCUAUAAAACUAUUAGCGAUGAUGGUUACGCUUACGCUGUAUGA